AUGACUAAACCUCCAGCAGAAUCGGUGGAACCGGAAAAAUCCGAUGUUGCCGAAACAAACAUUGCACACAGAACACGCAAUGCUUCUCGCAGAGAUUCUUCCAAUACCAAAGAGGUUCCUGCCAAGAAGGUUGAACCUCAACCUCGCCAGAGGAAACAACGACAAAAACCAGAUUAUAUUCCACCUUUGAACAGAAGACUAGGCCCCUAUGAAGAUAUUCUAAAUCCUCCAGUUAGUACAAGCUCAUCUAUGGAUCCCGUGGACUUCGAGCUUCGGAAAUACGUGGGGUUGAUAGUUAAAGCUUCACCAAUAAGUCCAGCAUUUACCCAAGAGUUCGUGGAGGAGCUCUCAGACUUAUCCACUACCUAUAUGAACCACCUCAUAUCGCUGCUUCAUGGAUUCACAGAAGUGCAACGCCAUCACAAGGCAGGAGUCAGUGAUCUCCACAUGUGUUUUCAGACUAAUAAUAUCGCCAUGAGUGACUUAUACGGCGAGUAUGAGAAAACCAGAAGUCUUCCUGCUGAAAUUAAGAGCUACUCGUCGAAACUCCGAGACCGUUUGGAUACCGUAUUGCUGGAAUACCAGGCAGAAAAGUAUACUUUGGAGAAGGACGAUCCAUCACUAGUAUUCCAUGCCAACGAGCAGUAUGAGAUCGCUGCAUUGGUCCCUCGUCAAUCAGAGCCUCGGACUUAUAUUCCGAGCUAUUUCCCCGACUUGCCUCCGGACUUCACAUACCAGAAUACGGGGAGUUACAUGGAGACCAUUACUGACUUGAAACAGAUCAAAAUGAAGCUUGUGGAAGAGUCGAGGCUCAACGAAAAGUCACUAUACAAAUUGAUCGAGGAUGAUGGUAAUACGUGGAUGGAUACGCUUGAGGGCGACAUUAAGGCAUUGAAUUCAGAUCUCGAGUCUGACGAGGAGGAUAUCAUGAGUGUGAGUGGCGCAGAUGGCACUGAUGUGGAAUCUCCUGCUGCAGAGAUCGACGGAAAAGGGGACGAUAUGGAUGUGGAUGGGGAGAAGGACGAGCAAAAUGAUGAAAAGGCCGAUGAUGUGGAGAUGCUAGAUGUUAAAGAGAAUGUGGACAAGAAGGAUAAAGAAAAGGAGAACAACGAAGAAAAAGAGAAAGACGAAGAAAAGACGAAGUCAAAGGAAAAUGUGGAUUCGAAUGAUGUAAAGACAGCAGAGGCUCCAGAGGCCCCCAAGACAUCUGAGCAAGUUAACACAGAGGUCGAGACCAAAAUCGUUACUGGAUCUUCUGAGACAGAUGAAGUGAAAGCUGCGCCUGCUCAAUCUACAGCUAAGAACGAGUCUCGAUUCGACUUUGUUGAGUACGCCCGGAAACGCAGACGUGCCAAAGAUGCCGAGUUCAGGGCGAUCGAGAAAAGAAGACAGAAACGUCUGCGCAACAUCUUCAUGAAAGCAGAGAAACUCUUCUCGUGCUACGCCACCAGUGAACCGAAUUUGGAGGACAUUGAGUAUUUCAACGAGUAUCUAGAUUCUGGAUUCAAAAGAGUGAUCAUGGCAACGCGGCAAGCCGAGAAGAACAAGAUGGAGAAACUUGCAAGACUUCAGCAAGAGAAGGCAUUACGUGAUCAAGAGCAGGAGGCACAGAACGGGGCUUUUGAGUUUGGAUUCGCCUUCAAUCCUGCUGCUAAUCUACUGGAUGAUAGUGAUGACGAUGGAGAUGAGCUCCAAGAUAUUGUGUUUGACGAGCCCGAGAGUGGAAAUGGAGGAAGUGUUGAAAACCAAGUUAAUGAACACAACUCUGACCAUGAAAAUUUCGAAAAUGGUCAAAUUGCUGGGUCUGCUGAAAAUGACGCACCUGCCAUAACGCAAGAAAAUCCCGAUUCAAUUAUGGGUAUCAUGGAUUACGAUGACAUUGGAUCUAAAAUCGAUGGUGUGCUCACUGAGGCCGACCCCGGAGUUGGUGUCUGGGACGACGCCGAGUCCGACGAAGAUUUGGAAGACAUAUAG